CCGUGUCCUCUGGCGGCCGCCGUAGCCGGGGCGGGGCGUUGUCGGGAAGGAGACGUGUGUUUCGGCAGGAAGGCGGAAGCGAUGGCGGCGGCCGAGGCUGAGUGGGAGCCGGCAGGGCUGCUGCCGCCCCUGGGGGGCGGCCUCGACUGGGAGGCGGUGCUGGGCGAGGAGCUGGGCGAGCUGCUGGGCGCCGGCGAGCCGCGGCGGGCCGCAAGGGACGAGGCGGAGGAGAAUGAUCUGUAUAACUUUCAUUUUGAUUUGGAUUUGAUGUCUUGGGACUCGGACCUUUGGAAUAUUACAAGCCAUGCUUAUUCAGACGCAAGCCUGAAAACAGAGCCUUUAUCACCAGCUGCUUCAACGUGUUCGGUCCCUUCUCCAUCAUCUGUGGACUCUUCAGUGCAGAACGUGCCUGAUGAUGUGGACUUCAACUGUAGCUCCCAGAUGUCUCCCAUCUCCCUUUACAGCAAGAGUUCCGGAAGCCCCUCAUCCCCUGAGGGAGAUGGAGGGAAGAAGCCUGUCAGCGUCAAAUGUCAAUCUGCAAAUAAUUCUGUGAGGACUCUGAAGAGGUGUGGUCGGGCAGCAUCCAGGCCUUCAAUACAACCCAAACCCCUGUUGCCUGCUGUACCUGAGGGUCAGGCUAACAUUGGUAUCCCAGCUAAAACCAUCAUUAUUCAGACUCUUCCAACACUUGUGCCACUGCCAAAGCAUCAGCCUGUUGUUAAUAUCCAGCCAGCUCCUCCUAAAGGUCAGUCGGUGGUGCUCCCACAGCCCGCGGUGGUACAGCUCCAGGCUUCUGGGGUGCUUCCUGCCUCCCAGCCAGUCAUUGCUGUCACUGGAGGAACCACGCAACUUCACAAUCACACGGUGACUGCAUUGCCCCUGGCCGCUGGAAACGGCUCAACAAGCGGCAAAAUAGCAAUGACUAAGCCCUUGCUUCAGAGCAGCACACCAGCGAUGGGGCUGGAUGUCAAUGUCUUGAGAAGACAGCAGCGCAUGAUCAAAAACCGAGAGUCAGCAUGUCAGUCACGGAAGAAAAAAAAAGAAUACAUGUUGGGACUGGAGGCCAGGCUGAAGGCAGCCUUACUGGAGAAUGAGAGACUCAAGAGAGAGAAUGGGUCACUGAAAAGGCAGCUGGAUGAAGUGGUGUUAGAGAACCAGAAACUCAAAGUCUCAUCUCCAAAGAGAAGAACUCUGUGUGUGAUGGUGAUACUGGCUUUCAUAAUGCUGAAUUAUGGUCCACUGAGUGUAUUCGAAAAGGAUCCCAGUGCGGUUGAUUCCACUGUGACUUCUAACCAUCGGACCAGAAAUCUGCUGGAGUUCUCAGCCAGCCAGGAGUCCAGCACAGCUCAGAAAAUACCUGGUGGCAUAAUUCCCGAGAAGACUAACAGGUAUGAUCGUUCAGUCUCUGAUAACAAAGCACUAAUGAUAGUAUCAGAAGAACCACUAUUGUAUAUUUCACCACCACCACCACCCUGUCAGCCCCUGAUCAACCGGACAGAGUCGCUUAGGCUGAAUCACGAACUUCGAGGAUGGGUUCAUAGACACGAAGUGGAAAGAACAAGGUCUAGAAGGCUGUCAAAUAACCAACAACAGAAAGCACGGGUUAUGCAGAGCUCCCUCAGCGAGAAGGUAGAUUCCCAGCUAAUGGCCGUGCCUUAUACAGACACCAGCCUCAGCAAGAACUCAGGGAAUGAGCUGCAAGUGUAUUAUGCUUCUCCAAGGAGCUACCAAGACUUUUUUGAAGCUAUUCACAGAAGGGAAGAUACAUUCUACGUGGUAUCAUUUCGUAGAGACCACCUGUUAUUGCCAGCCACCACACAUAACAAGACCAGAAGACCAAAGAUGUCUAUAGUAUUGCCAGCUGUUAACAUCAAUGAGAACGUGAUCAACGGGCAGGACUACGAGGUGAUGAUGCAGAUCGACUGCGAAGUGAUGGACACCAGGAUUCUCCACAUCAAGAGCUCGUCCAUCCCUCCAUACCUCCGAGAACAGCGCCGAAAUCACACCGACACCUUCUACAGUUCGUCCCCCUCGGUCCCGGAGACGCCCCAUGCCCUCAGGGCUAUCGUCAAGUCCCUGCAGUAGCUGCCGGUGCCUCCUGCACCACCCGCACCCCCCGCAAGGGGCUGGUCCCUGGGGCCGCUGGUGCUGUGGGGCUCCUGGCACUGCUGAGCGCGUUCCUGCACCCGGUCCCACCAAACAGCCGGAUCCCCACCCAGCCCAGCUGCAGCUGGAGGUUUGUGUCACCUCCUCGCCAGGGCUGGCCUGGGGCCCCCGCGCACUGCAGCGGCCCUGGUGCCCGGGAGCAGGGCAGGGGCGCACAGGCCGCUCUUCCCACUCAUGCACUGCCCAAGCUGAGGUUUUUCCCUCCACAUUAAACCAUCUUCCAGGUCUGGUGCCAAGUGCUGGGGUCCUGCUGCUGUCUUCCCGAGCCCGCACCGCUGCCUAAAGCUUGGGGCUUGGCCCAAGGGUGAUGGUUUAAUGCAGCACAUCUAUUUCUGAAGAUUUUACUGCUGUUGUUAUUUUAUUUUUUUAAAAGCUAUUUAAUUCUCUUCACUGCUAACAGCCUUCUGAGCUGUUCUGCCUGCUGCGGCACAGCCCUGCGCAGCGGGGCAGGGAGGCCAGGCAGGCCCUCCCCGUGCUGCCCUCAGCAGGGGUGCUUGGUUAGGUGGGACACCGGCACAGCCCUCCCUCCCGCGCUCCGGCCCCUCGGGCGAGCGGCCCCGCCGCGGGGCCACAUUUGCACACCCUCGUCUCUGACUCGCCAGCACUGACACGUUCCCGUCGCCCUGCUGGGGAGCCGGCCGUUCGCCCCCAGCACUGCGCUCCUACGGGCGGCUCCUGCCGAAGUCACAUACCGCUCUCACAAAAGCCUGCUGCAAAGCUGCAUUGACUGUUCCCAAUUUUCCUCGGCCACGCUCCAGGCCAGAGCGGGGCCGGGGGUUCCCGUGGCGCGCACAGGGAAGCACGUGGCUCUCGGCUGGGGUGAGCAGGCAGCAGAGCAUCGUCUGGUCGUAAUGACUUCAGCAUGUUACAUUCCCCUCCCAACAGUUAGCACAGAAGAUGAUGAGCUUCAGUUUGCCAGAUAAUUGGCUUUCCCUCAUCGUCUGAACCACUUACUGACUGGUGUUUUUUUAUUACUAUUAUCUGUGUGUAUAGCUGUUAGGAAAUAAAAGGCGAUCCUGCAGAAACGCAAACAGCUUGGGGGGGGGGGGGGGGGAUCGCGAGGCAAAAUACACCCCUGUACAGUAUGUGCCUUGCAACACUUCGGAAAAGUUUUGCCCUUUGCCACGUAGUCAGCGCGAGCCGCGCAGGCCCCCGUCCCCUCGGUGCUGGAAGGGCUGGGAAGCCGCCGGGCUCCGCCGGGUUUUGGCUGCGCUCCUCGCACCAGUUCAAUUUUCCUGGCCCCGGCCCCACCUGACUGUGGGCCAGCUCACACAAUAGUCAAAAAUAAAAACCCCGGCCGUGCCCCAGCGAGAGGCACGCAGCUCCCCGGCCCCGGGCGGGGGCGGCCGCGCAGCCCCGCUCCUCACCCGGGAAGCACCCGGGGCACUGCGGUGGCCGGGGGGGACCCGCCAGCAGCAGCCGAGCUCCCGGGUGAGCACCGGGGGCACAGAGCUGCGGCUUGGCCCCGGCGAGGCCGGCAUGGCCACGGCACCUUGGAAAGGGCCGGUGGCGGAGGAGCCUGGCCUUGGGGUGGGCGCAGAGCGGUGCCAGGGGCACUGGGGGUGCUGCUGGCAGCCCCGGGGCCUCAUCCUGUCACCCGAAGGCAGAAGGCACCUUCGGGCCCUGUCCUGCUACCUGCGUCCUUAGCACUGAAGGCAAUAAAAUGGUUCUCUUUUUUUGUUAGUGUUA